GGGCAUCAGACAAUUUCAAUUCAAGAUGGCUGCCUCCAUCACGAAGAAAAACUUUUCCUGUCAGUACUAUAUACUCUAUAUGUACGUUACAAUUCUCCUAAUUGUUUUCCUCCCCGUGUCUUUACAAGGUCAAGAGGCAGAAGAAGCAUCAUGUAAAUCUAGCGAAGACGAAAGCUGUGGCUGUGCAGCUACUAGCAGGGACAAGGCCGCGUACACCAAACCGGUUGAGGGGGAGGGGGGCGCCGAAGCUCCAGAGUUUGACAAGGAUACUACGAGGACUGUCAAGAGUUCUGCAACUACUAGGACGAAUCAGAUGGUAUUUGUUCGCGGCGGAGACUUCACGAUGGGCACGGAUGAUGUGAGGUUUCCACAAGACGGGGAGGGGCCGGCCAGACCGGUUCGGGUCGACUCUUUCUACGCCGAUGUGUACGAAGUGUCCAACGCCGAGUUCGACAUCUUUGUAAAGGAAACUGGAUUUGUUACUGAGGCUGAAAAGUUUGGGGACUCCUUUGUCUUGGAGAAUCUCAUCAGUGAAGAAGUGAAGUCAGAAAUAACACAAGCAGUGGCAGGCGCUCCCUGGUGGCUGCCUGUGAAAGGUGCAGACUGGAGACACCCAGAAGGGGUGGACUCUGACAUCAUCAACAGAAUGGACCACCCUGUAGUGCACGUGUCCUGGAACGAUGCGGUCGCAUACUGUACCUGGGCGAAGAAGAGACUUCCCACCGAGGCGGAGUGGGAGUACGCCAGCCGGGGAGGCCUGGAGAACAGAUUAUAUCCAUGGGGAAACAACGAGAUGCCAAAGAAAGAACACAGGAUGAACAUAUGGCAGGGCAAGUUUCCUGAAGAGAACACAGAAGAAGAUGGAUAUUAUUCUACAGCUCCUGUGACGUCCUACAAGCCUAACAAGUUUGGGCUGUACAACACAGCAGGGAACGUGUGGGAGUGGGUGUCUGACUGGCUGAGUGUGCGACACACAACAGAGCUACAAGUUAACCCUAAAGGACCAGCCAAGAGUGCAACCAAUGACAAGGUGAAGAAGGGAGGGUCCUACAUGUGCCAUAAGGACUACUGCUACAGGUACAGGAACGCUGCCCGCAGCCAGAACACCCCCGACAGCUCUGCCUCCAACCUGGGCUUCAGGUGCUUUGCUGACAAACUUCCCCAGGGGGUGGGGGAGAUCAAAGUCGUGAUACGCUAGUCCAUUAGACCGAAGGGGGUCAUAUAUAACUUUUAUUAGGUAACGAAGCAGGUGGAUAGAGAAUAGAACCUGGAAGUAGGUAAUAUACAAUGUGCUGGGUACAAAUUAUGGUCUAAAAAAAAGUCUUCUAUGUCAGAUUAUCUUAGGUGAGGAUUUGCUAAAUGCAGUACUGAGGGUUGCAGAGUAACACUUCAGUGAACACAAAUCAUGUCACAAACUUGAAUACUUGUUAUUUUACAUAAUGUUCAAUGCAGAUGUUAAUUCUGUGCAAUAUAAGUGGUGUGUGUUUGCUAAGAGAUAAGAAUAAGUAUGCUCUAGUACCACUGUUUAAUUGGGAAGAAAUUGGUAUUAUACAAGAACAGCUUUUGCUUGAAGUCAGCCAUUCCAUAAGUGCAAUAUUUCUCAUCCGAGAUGGGAAAAUGCCAUUUUGAUAUAGGGUGUAAAUUUUCUAAAUAUGAUAGAAAUCAGGUUUAUGUCUUCAUAAGAAAGUUACCAUUUUAUCGCAGCUUGAAUUCAUGUAAUUAAGUAUGCUCUGAAACGAAGAAAGAUGCCAUGACUGAAGAUUUGGUGCAUCAUUCUUAAGGUAUCUUUGUACAACACAAUUCUAUAUUGAGUAAUAAAUGUAUUAUAGUUGCUGAUAGUAAGAACAAUUAGAAUUAGAUAUUUGAUACUUGUCAGUUGUACUUGACACAUUAUUGUGGAAAUUGCAUUAAUUCUCAAUAUUCUUGGAAAAUAAGUAGCCUUUAUUCCACUCUUUAUCAUGUUGACUGAUACUAAAUAUUACUUACUAGUACAGUAGUUGCUUCACUCUAUAGGUGCUUUAGAAGAUAAAUGUUUACUUUGGUUGAAGAUGGUUUUACACUGGUGGAGCAGAAUAAAAAUGAUGGGGAAAAAGUCA